AUGGCUUCACCACCACAUAUCCCACAGCUCAACGUCCCUGGUAGCCGCAAGCGCGGCAGCAUAUCCUCACACUCCGGCGCGCCCACCAAGAAGCGCAAACCCUCCAAUCUCCGCAACGCCUUCCCGCCAGCCGCUGAAUCAGUCGGAGGUCCCCCCCGCCAAUACUCGCGUUCACCUUCCGUGGAAAGCAAUAUCACUACAUCAGUCGUGAACGGCGCAGGAGGAAAGAAACGGCGGAAGAAGGGUGGAGACGGAGGUAGUGUCGCUGGCUCAAGUAUAAGAGGAGGCAAAGGCGGCGACGGAAGAAGUGCAAUCGGAGGUGAAGACGAAGAUGGCGACGGAGAAGUAGAAGACGACGACGAUGACGAGAUGGGCGAGGAGAUGGGUAUGGAAAUCGAAGGCGGCAUGAGUGUUGAAGCACGAAGGAAACAAGAGAAGGAAUACGAACGCAUGCUAGAAGACUUCAUGACCCCCGCCCAAAUGGACCGCUACGCAACCUACCGCCGUAUCCGCCUCAAGCGCGAAACAGUCCGUAAACUCGUCAAUCAAACACUCUCCCAAUCCGUACCUCAACCUAUCAUCAUCGCCGUAACGUCCUACUCGAAAACUUUCAUCGGUGAACUCAUCGACCGCGCCCUCACAGUCCGCGACGAAUGGUCCGCCGUCCGCACUCACUUGCCCAACCCAAAUCUACCCGGUCCCAUCCUAAGCCAGAGCUUAGUGAGACCAAGCGCUCAUAUCAAGGACGACAGGAAUCGUCCCACCAACUCGGAUAUCACAAGUGCGGGAUGGUAUCCUGGCCAGGUUGAUCGGUCUGAGAGUUUGUGGAAGGAGGUAGAGAAGGAUGCUGGUUUGCAGGAUAGGCUGAAGGCGUGUGAUAAGGGACCACUUACACCGGCGCAUUUGAGGGAGGCAUUAAGGAGAUACAAGAGGGAUCGUGAUGGUGGGGGUGCUGGCUUUGCGGGUAUGAGUUUAGAAGGCGUGGAGAGGACUAUGGGUAGGACGGGCGGGAAGAGAUUGUUCAAGUGA